CAGAUAGACAGAAGAACAGGACGCGACCUUUGGCUCACUGCUCUUGAGCGAGCGAGAGAGAAAUGGCGGUCCUCUGCGCAUCAUCGUCAUCAUCUUCUUCUUCUUCAGCAUUCUUCGCGUCCGCCAAAUGCAACCCCUCCCUCUCUCCUCUCUCUUCCAAGAGAAGCGUCGCCGGACCUUCGUUCGCCCUCACCAAGCCCGUCGCCGCCACGGUCGGCAGGCGCAGCCUCGCCGUCCGGUGCCAGAAGGACCUCUCCGUCGUCCCUCUCGACCAGCGGUGGAUGUUCGAGGAGUCCGAGGUCGACGGACCUGACAUUUGGAAUAAGACGUGGUAUCCUAAAGCUGGAGACCAUGUGAACACGGAGAAGCCGUGGUACAUAGUGGACGCCACGGAUAAGAUACUCGGUAGACUCGCGUCGACCAUCGCUGUUCACAUCCGUGGCAAGAAUCUGGUGACGUACACUCCCAGUGUGGACAUGGGGGCUUUUGUGAUUGUGGUAAAUGCUGAAAAGGUUGCUGUAUCUGGAAAGAAGAGGACCCAAAAGCUCUACAGGAGGCAUUCAGGAAGACCCGGUGGUAUGAAAGUCGAGACAUUCGACCAACUGCAGCAGAGAAUUCCUGAGAGGAUUAUUGAACACGCUGUUCGGGGCAUGCUUCCCAAAGGAAGGCUUGGCAGAGCAUUGUUCAACCACCUUAAGGUUUACAAGGGCCCAGAACACCCCCACGAGGCGCAAAAGCCCAUUGAGCUUCCCAUCAGGGACAAGAGGAUACAGAAGGAGAGAUGAAUGAGAAUUGGUAUUUUGCUGAAGAGAAUUAUAACAAUUAUGAAUUGUACUCGUAAAGAAUUGCUAGUCUUUAGUUUCUUUUUUGUGCAAUGAAGUUUGAAUUUUAUUCACAGGGCUCUGCUUCCCUCCAUUUCA